CACCAUCCGUGACUUUAUAGUCGUUAUCCUGUCAAGUGCGGAACCCAAACCUUUCCCCACAUUCGUCUCAAGAAGCUGAGGGGUAUCCAGAAAAGCUGACGAAUGGAGAAAGCCGGUCUGCGCUUAAGACCACAUGCCGAGCUUGAAGCCGGCGGAUCCUGGUGAUGCUACAUGUUCCUACCCAUCAUCUCAAAACAGCUGCUGCCCCUCCUUCAUCCAAACGAUAGCAUUCGCCCACGAUAGAAUUGGGCAAAUGGGACAUGUGCUUUGCUCUACUAUUUGAGUUGAGAAUCUUCCGAGUAAUGGGCAUCUCCUCUGUCUUCAUAUCUUCAUUCCAUACACUGAGCAUAUCUUUUCAAUGUCGAAUCCUACUGUUGUAAUCAUUCCUGGAGCAUGGCAGCCAGCCGAGGCUUUCGAGCCGUUCGGCGAACAUUUGAGAGAUGUAGGAUAUCCUACAGAGGUCAUCUCAUUGAAAUCUGUAGGCGGAACUGAGACUCCUCUGGCUGGGCUGAAGGAAGAUGCAGACGCCGUCAGUGAGGUUUUGACGAAGCUUGCGGACGAGGCUCGAGAUAUCGUUUUAUUAUGUCAUUCUUAUGGCGGUGUUAUUGGUAGUUGUGCGAUCGAAGGCUUAGACUUUGCCACAAGAAGAAAUGCAGGCAAAGCAGGCGGUGUCAUCUUGACAGUAUAUAUGAGUGCUUUUAUGUUACCGAAAGGCAUGAACGUACUGGAUGGUCUGGGGGGGAAACCGAUGCCGUGGAUGAAAAUCGAGGAGGACAAGUGCUUUGCAGUAGCUUCAGAGCUACCUCAAAUUGCACUGAACGAUAUGCCAGCAGAGAAAGCCAAGGCGUAUUCUGCUCAGUUAACCCACACGUCCGUUUCUGCUUUCGCAACUCCAUCCACGUUUGAGCCUUGGGCAAAUGCCAUCCCUUGUACAUACAUCUUCUGCGAGAUCGAUAAUGCGCUUCCCCUGCCGGUUCAACAACAGAUGGCCUCUCAAUUGGGACCAAACGCCACAACGUUCAGUUUGAAAGCAGGUCACUGUCCGUUUUUGAGUAUGCCAGAACAGUUGCGAGACGUGAUUGUCAAAGCCUCUGAAGUGGGAUUGAGCCGCAAAGCAAUUUGA